GGAACACAAAAUUUCAUUACGUAGUACUCACCGGAAGUAAUAUUCACGUUUUUGUUGCGACAUUAAUUUUGUUUAAUUAACGAAGAAUCAGAAAUAUUCUACUCAAACAGAAUGGCUGAUGAUGAUCAAGAUAUGGAUAACUUUGACGAUGACGUAGACGAUGGAGAUAUUGAUGAACCUCUUGAUGAGCAUAUUAAUACACAAGAGGAUGAUGGACAGAUGGAGAUACUAUCAGCAGAUGCUGCCCAGCCCACUGCACCAACCAAGAGAAUCACUACCCCAUACAUGACUAAGUAUGAAAGGGCUCGCGUCCUUGGUACCAGAGCACUUCAGAUAGCGAUGUGUGCGCCAGUGAUGGUCGAGCUCGAGGGAGAGACUGACCCGCUCACAAUUGCCAUGAAGGAGCUCAAAGCGAGAAAGAUUCCCAUCAUUAUUCGCCGCUACCUACCUGAUGGCAGCUUUGAAGACUGGGGUAUAGAUGAACUUAUUAUCAUCACUGAAUGAGGAUACCACUAGGCUACACACACCCGUGAUCUCCAAGCUGCACAGUGACCUUGUUAGUGUUGUACAAUACAAUGACACUCAUGUGAAAUGUUUUCCCAACCCAAUUAGGAAGACCUUUCAGCAGAUAUUGCAUGUACCGUAGUACUGAAAACAUGUUCAUUGUUUUAUGUGCAUCUAAUACUGGAUCUUCUUUUAAGUGAAUGUAUGAUAAUUACACACCAGAUUGUCACUAAUAUUUCAUAAGGCAUCAUCAACAUAAACACAUUUUAUCCUCAGCUACAUAUUUAAACAUGCAUUUCUCAUGUAUAUGAUUGUCAGUUUUUAUUGUCAUCUGUUGUAUGAUAUUCUUAUUUUGUUAAAUAAAAACUUACUUUUAUAAACUUUA